CAUCCACCCACCUAAGCCUGCGUAUGCCUCAAUGCUUCACUUCUCAGCACGGUCGGCCUUGGGAUCGCCUGAUCACUAGCACUGACCUAAACUGCGAACGAGGUGGAAACUAAGGAGCUAAGUGCAGCUUUAGUGAGUAGAGUUUAGAGGCUGGUGCCUGCUUCUUCCGUACCCGUUUCCCUCAUACACCACCUAGCUAUGCUGUUUUGAUCAGCUAAUUCGCUUCGGCAUUCGUUCACUCAAUUCAAGGCUCCGCUAGGCGGUAGCCAGGACAUGGCUUCCACGGAUUUUAUUUUUGGUCAAUUUCCAUUCGCGUACUGCCGAACAUUCGAGAUUCUGUCGGAAAAUCGUUCGAGAAGAACUUGAUUAAAGAAAGGACCAGCCACUAAUAUUACCGGCGAAUCUCAUUUCAACGAGGCAACGGCGCUGCCAAGCCCGGUUUUACUGACACCUCCACUCAUCCUGCUCCGCGGUUGUCUCCGACCGAUUCUGCUGUCUUAUCCUCCUCUUCAGUCAGACAUAAACCUCAUCACCUCCGACAGAGUCUCCCAGCAGUUAGGUCACUCAAGGCAUCACCGCAGUAUCAGGCGCAUCAGCUUUAGCGGGGAGAGGAGCCGCCUCUAACGGGGAUGGGCAGAGUGGAUGCGUCGUUCGGCAGCACGCCAGGCACAGGAUACGGCGGAGAAAGGCACGGGGAGAGACCAGCGGACUCCCCAGCCUCCGCCGCAACCCUCGGCGGAGUUUACGCGGUAGCUAUGACCGAGGGAGCAGCAGCAGAAGGAGUAGGAGCAGCAGGGUCGGUGGGAGUAUAUGACGUGGAUUCCUUGCCGUCUAUUGGCUCAACGCCUCCGGUAGUUACGGCCAUGGGGGGAAACCCGGGCGUUACUUCUCACCCCCGGCGGAGCACCAUGCGGGCGGGAGAUGAGCGGGAGGACGCGGAGAAGGGGAGAGAUCGGGGGAGGGGAGACUCCGACGGGGAAGUCGGGGGGGAAGCCAGACUCCCCGGAUCCGCGGGCGGGGCGCAGGGCUGGCUCUCGCGAAUCGCCUCGGGCGGAGGCGGAAGCGGAGUUGGCGGAGGAGUCAGCGGACAGAAGCGCAACCCCGGGCUGUCAGUAGCGGCGAUGGGUAUUCGGCCGGGGACUCUUUUGGUGUGUUUUAUCGUGGGGCUGACCGCGGGUCUUCUAUGGUUGGACGGCGCGCACAAGGGCGUUUGGCCGCUGCUCUCCGACCUGCACGCGUUCCGCCAAGGGGACGUGGUGGCGCUUUCCCCCGCGGCCUUGCGCCAGGAGCGGCUGGCGGAGGCGGGUGCGCGGAGGGAGGCGGAGGCGGGGGAAGAUCGCGCGCGAGGGGCAGUGCUGCUGGCUGGUGGAGGUGGUGACGCUGGCAGCAGCAGCAGCAGCAGGUUCAGCAGUGGCAGUGGAAGUGGCAGUAGCAGUCUAUUGGAUCAAAUCCCCUCCUCGUCCCUCUCCUCCUCCUUCCCCUCCGAUUCCGCCUCCUCCCUCACCACUCUCCGCGUUCCGCCAGCCGCGGAAAGCGCGCACUGCUCCGCGUACCACCGCGUGGACGCGCGCACGGGGGAAGAAACCGCGGGCGGCGUCCGCCCGCUGCUCAUCAUAGUUACCCCCACGUACGUGCGGCCGUUCCAAGCCAUGUACCUGCACCGCCUGGCAAACCUCCUGGCGCAAGUGCCCCCCCCGCUCCUCUGGCUCGUCGUGGAGAUCUACCCGCAAUCCGCGGAGUCGGCGGCGCUGCUGCGCGGGACGGGGCUGGUGUACCGGCACCUGGUAGCGCAUAAGAACAUGACGGAUAUCAAGGACCGCGGCGUGCACCAGCGCAACGCGGCGAUGGAGCACGUGGAGAAGCACCGGCUGGACGGCAUCAUGUACUUCGCGGACGACGACAACAUCUACUCGCUCGAGCUGUUCGAGGAGAUGCGCCGGAUCAAGCGCUUUGGCACGUGGCCUGUGGCAAUGCUGCAGCAGGGCAAGUCCCGAGCGACCCUGGAGGGGCCUGUGUGCGAGGCCGGGAAGGUGAUAGGGUGGCACACGAACGAGAAAAGCCGGCGAGUGAGGCGCUUCCACGUGGACAUGUGCGGAUUCGCGUUCAACUCCACCAUCCUCUGGAACCCCUCGCUCUGGCGCCGCCCCACGGACCAGCCGAUCAGGCAGCUGGACUCUGUCAAGGAGGGGUUUCAGGAGACCACGUUCAUAGAGCAGCUGGUGGCAGAUGAGUCGCAGAUGGAGGCACUGGCAGACGACUGCUCCCAGGUGCUGGUCUGGCACGUGCACCUCGAAGCACCCCGCAUCUCCCCUUUCCCCCAUUGGAGCGCCCCCCUUGUCCUCCCUCCCAUACUCCCUGCACGGGUUCCGCCUGCUGCUGCUGCUGCCACCACUGCUGCUGGCGGUGCUGCUGCUGGUGGCAGUACUGCUGACAGUGCUUCUGGUGACGGUGCUACAUCUGGUGCAUUGCCCAAGUGAUGUGCAAAUGCUGCUUCGGUUCUCAUUACUGAUGGGCCAUUUGCCCUGCUUCCUUCUGAGAAAUACUUCCUUCAGACUACCUUCUCCUUUCCUGCAGUUCCAUUCAUCGCCCUCUCUUGCAGCCUUCAAAUUUCUCCUUCACAUAGCAAUGAAGGCCCACCUUGCUUAGCAAGUUUCAUGGGCCUUGCGUAUCGAUUUUGAACUAUUUUUAGUUCUGAUGCUACUUCUUGACUGAUCGUGUUUUUGGGUGAUGGCUGUGUGAGGCUUCUUUGGUAGAAAAUGGAGAUAGACAUUUCUAGCGUAUGUAACCGAGUAAAGAAAAUAAAGGUAC